AUGGACGCCGUCGAUUGGUCUAUCGGCCGCCUCUCUCCUCCCAUCGCUGUCAAUCGAGUUCACGCUAUUGCUACGGCCCCUGCCAACGACCCGCCCAUUCCGGUCCAUGCCGACGCCGACGAACUCGAUUUGUUGGGAGUUGCCACCGAUGAUGUCAACGACACCCCUGUAGUCCAUCGGCCGCCUGAUCCACUGCCCCAACCCUUCCUCGACACCGUCAUCCGAGCAUACGCCAACGAUUCGCAAGCCCAGGUCAUCAUUACCGACCCGCUAUCAUGGCCUAUGUUUCGGGUGACCGAGGAAGGGAGGAUUUUGCGUGUACAUCCAGAUGAGUCUAUUUCCUUGUUUGUGCCUCGUGGUCUCGCUACUGGCGUCGUCAACUCCGACAAGGUCCCAUCGCUGCGCGAGCUCGUGCUUUCGGAGAUUCAUCGAAGUGUCGGGCAUGCAGGACAUCGCAUCACCUUGGCCGCCAUCCGUCCUUUGUACUGGUGGUCGUCCAUGUCUGCCGAUUGCGCCGAGUUCUGCCGUUCAUGUGAAGACUGUACCCGAGGCAAGGCGUCCACUCAAGUCCCCUAUGGCCGACUGCAUCCGAUGCCGAUCCCUUCUGGUCCUUGGGAACAAGUGGCCAUCGACUUCAUGACAGGACUGCCUCCGGUCGAGCUCGAAGGGAUGAUGGUUGCUCAAAUCAUGGUGGUCACUGACACUUGGGGCAAGAUGGUCCACCUGAUUCCCCUCCCAGCCGAUGCCGACUCGGAGCUCGUUGCCGAGAAGUACUACGCCACCGUCUUCCGACUGCAUGGGAUGCCUUCCGCCAUCGUUUCCGACCGUGAUCCCAAGUUCACCUCGCAGUUUUGGCGGGCAUUGCAGGCAAAGAUUGGCACCGUCUUGCGAAUGUCAACCGCGGCACACCCGGAGACGGACGGAUCGAGCGAGAAUCGGAUCAAGAUGGUCACCCAAACCCUGCGGAUCAUGGUCUCGUCAAACCACGAGGCUUGGGCAUCUCGUCUUGUUGAAGCUGAGUUCGCUCUUAACUCUUCUGUUGCUGUGUCCACGUCGCUGUCGGCUUUUGAGGCAACCUACGGCUACUGUCAGGAGCACAGCCUGCACUGCCAUCAAUACUCGAAGGAAGUCUCCCAAGUUUGCGGCCGGAGUCGACAUCAGCUACCGGUUUGUUCGUUGCAAGCAUUGUCGGCGCGAUGGUGUAGUCGUGAGGGCGCGCGGGCGCGCACUCAGUGGUCGAGGGUUCGAUCCGCCCGGAGCGUGAUCUGCCUUUUGGUUUCUUUUCCUUUUUGUUAUCCGAGGCCCGGCUUCGGGGUUUUUACCGGUGCCUUGCAGGCAAUCCUUUUUACCCCUGAAGCGACCUCGUGGUGUAGUUAUUUGAUUCAGUCUUUCCUUCGCUCGGAGCACUUCCCUCCUUUUGCUUUUGCCACCCUUCCCCUAGAGCUUGGUCCACUCAUUAUCAUGACUCGUACCCUCCCUCUUUUUACCCAUUUCGCUGGCAAUUAAGUCCGUUACACUUGAUUUGCUGCGAAGCCUUCCGACCGAAUCCACUCCUCGGUUGCUCUCGGUCGACUGCCGCCGCCUCGGUCGACACCCCCUUCGCUCCUUCGCGCUUUCGCGCGCUCUCUCGCUCUCUCCCUCGUCUCUCGCGUGUAGUCAUCGUCAUCCCCUCCGACGUUGCCUGUCAGCUACCUUCCUCGAUGCUGGCCCUCGGAUUCCUGGUCUGUCUCGGACGUCCCUCGUGCGGAAGCGUUUGCUCGGAUCCGACAAUUACGGAACCUCGACGUGACGGAUGCGAUCAUUGGAGCACGCCUCAACCAGUCCCAUCAGGCCAACAAGCAUCGACGCCCAGACGACCCCGCCUUUCGGACCGGCAGUUACGUCUAUCUUUCGACAAAGAACCUGGCAGUUCCUGACGGCAUGAAGUCGAAGUUGUUGCCGCGCUACAUCGGCCCCUUCCGUAUCCGAGCGGCCAUCCCUGCGACGUCCAGCUACGACCUCGAGCUCCCUCCAGCGAUGUCGCGAGUGCACAAUCGUUUCCAUGCUCGACUGCUUCGGCCUUGCGUUGAGAAUGAUGCUGAAAGGUUUCCUGGGCGUGACCCCGCAGUUCUUUUUGUCGAAGACGUAGCCGACGCGGCCGACAAUUCUGCGAUUCCGGAACGGAUUGUUCGCGAUCGGCGGAACGCUCGGGGCGCUCGUUCGUUCUUGGUUCGAUGGGUAGGCCGUAACGACACCGACGAUACUUGGAUGUCAGAGCAGUCCAUUCGCCUUGACCAUCCGUCCGUCCUCGACGCCUACCUCGCGCGCCUCGAUCGCUCGAACCGCCGCCUCGCCGCACGGUAG